AUGUCACCCUCAAACGUCGACCCUAUUCAACAGCUGCAGCAGCAAGUCGAGAAGCUAAUGAAAGAAGUCGCACAAAAGCAGAACGCCGUAGUUGGAGAAGAUGAAUCGGGAAAACCAAUGGAUGUGAGAAUGUGUAUCACAUUAUUGGAAAGCAAGAUUAAAAGAGUGGAAUCUAGAGUUAUGGACCUCCAUAACGAGGUUAAAGCACAUGCUGUCCAAUUCAUACAAUUGGAGCAGAGGAUAAGUGAGCAGCUAAAUGGUUUCGGGGGUAUGAUGAAAGAUAUGCACUCUAUCAUCACCCGCAAUAAAACAGAGCCCCCCCAGAGAGAAAACCCUCAUCCAGCUAUGCUACAGUCAACGACCACUGGGGUAGGUAACAGUGCUACUCAAAGGCUUACCCCCCGUGCGCCUAUACAAAUGGAUGAUGUAUUUGACUACAAACAAAACACAAAGAUACUAAUCUUUGGUAUAAGUGAACCACUCGAGUCCGACAUGCUACAACAAGGAGACACUAACACAAACCAGAACGGCUAUAAGACGACGACAACUAGACCAACGGUACGAGACCAACUAUUGAAGGGCCUCCGUGAAGCUGGGGUAGAUUGUGGGACUUUGACGAUCGGAACUGUGAAGAGAAUCGGAUUAUUCGAUGCCAAUGCAAGAAAGCCGCGACCGAUCUUCAUCAACUUUGGCGACGUAUCUUCAGCCAACGAAUUUAUGAAAGAGAAAACGUCGUUGCUGAGAAGUGCGGGUUUAGCUGCGAAGUGGUGGCGUCCAGCGCACAUGAGGAAGCGCCGUCACACAGGGACAAAGGCAUGGAAAGUGCAACCAGGGGAUUGUACAUCCCAAUGGGGAUCUGACAUAGCCGACCUCAAGAUGCAAGUCGAUAAUCUCACAAGGCUAUUGGCGGUCAACAAAGAGAGAGCUAUGACGAACUUGGCUAAUGUACAAUAUAGGCCGCGUGCCGAUUAUCAGAGCUCCGCACAGCAGCUGCAGCAUCGGUUCGAGGUGAAGACAAAAGGAGUACAUGCGUCGCCGGAAGACAACGCCUCAGCGCAGGCCAAAAAGAUAGUAGGUCUGGGAUCUGGGGAUGCAGGGUGUAGUGAUAAGGUCGGCGCCGCUAUUGGGCAUGAGUCCCGCACGAUAAACUCUAGGGCACGAACAGUCGGGUACCCAAAUUUGCUCCAAAAACGUCGUAAAUGUAUUGUGGCUGCAUUGAACAUCCGCACAGCCCGAAAAGAAGGGCAAAUGCACGGUAUAGCGGAGUUAAUGGAACGCAAGAAGUUAGACGUGUUGAUCAUUAGCGAGUCACAAUGCGCCCUACCAGAUAAUGUUGGCAACUCUACGGUCGUGAAUGCAUCAUCGAGCGGUACUAAAUUGGUUUUAUCGCCGAUUGCAACCAGUUGCUUGAUAUCAUGGACUAAGCACCAUGAUAGAAUAGUGUCCUGUCGAUUUUACAACAGACACUUCAAAAUAACAAUCACAGGAGUUUAUUGGCCAGCUAAUAACCGGAACAACCCGCCAGAACACUACUCUACGUUUUCUGAUCGCCUAGGAAAGGUGAUAUCUGGAGUAUCACAGAGGGAUAUGCUGAUCAUAGGUGGGGACUUCAAUUGCACUGGAUACAGUUAUGAACUACUACAGAAAAUAGUCGAGAUGAAUGAUAUAUGCAUCGGGCAGUGGGAUAAGUUUAAGCAUCUGGCAAACAGACCAACAUGGAAACAUCCAAACAAACAACUUGGCGGCAACGUAUUAGACCUCAUCUUGAUAAGACGACGUUACAUAAACAUGCUGGAGGCAAUGGGAGUAACAGAUCCGGAUCCAAUCGAGACUGAUCACAAGCUAGUAUGGGGCCGCAUGGGAUUGCACUUAAACAACGCUACAAGUCGACGCAAAGAAAUCCUCGACAGGGAAAGAGUACAGAAGCUGAUCACGGACCCAAGAUGCCAAAAAGUAUUCGACGUAAAGCUGAGCGACUCUUAUGCGAAUAGUAGGACGCAGAACGACCCAAAUGAGGCUUGGAAUGAGCUACAAGAGCAGAUAAAAGGAGCCCUAGAAGCCGCAAGACAAAUAGACGAAGAAGGCGGAGGUGCACCCCAGCGAAAGACGAGAAAGCAGAAAAGAGCCAGUAAAACACGACAAAUAGAGAGGAUGACAGAACUCCGUCCGAACGACGAGAAGGCAAUAUGGAAUGUGCUCCAAGAAACGCUGAAAGUGGACAGUUCGGUCGACGCAUCACAGACGGCCUUUAGGGCCGGAAGGUCUGGCCUGGAGAUAGUACAUGCAAUACAACUCUUAAUAGAUAAGUGCAAGCUAUAUGAUCUACCGCUCACACUAACGAGCAUAGACUUCCGCAAGGCAUUUGAUCGAAUAUCUAGGUCGCAUGUAUAUGAAUCAUUAAGGAUGGCUGGUGUACAUCCGAAAUACGUACGGAUCAUCCGUAACUGUUAUGAGUCAGCUAAAGCAAGCAUCCGGAUAAGCUCAAAGGAACGAAUUAUUCCCCUCGACCGUGGCUUAAGACAAGGCGACUGUUGGAGCCCGAUACUCUUCAUAUGCAGCCUAGAUCGAGUGCUCAGCGAAAGACUGAGGAACUCUCCGCAUGGCUUCCGCUUAUUGGACACUAACAAGCAACCCAGACGCUUAACUCGCUCACAUAUUGGCAGACAAAAGAUGGACGAUGUGACCCUUCCAUCAAGCACAGCAAUGGGGAAUACGAAACACAUUAGUUACGUGCGAGAAGACGGAGAAGCCGCGAAUCUUGUCAUAGCCCCCGAGAAGUAUUCACACAACAACAAAAAACAGAUUACGGAGCGCAUAAAAGCAGCAGGACAAAGAAUGGCAAGAUUACGGGCAGUUGCUGCUAUUCACCAGUGA